CAUAACUCGCUACUCCACAAUUACCCAGACACCCACCUCUAUCAAUAUACUACAGCUUAUCAACAUUAGCAAGUAUCCAAUUAAGUAAGUACCAUCUCAUAGCCAAUGUCGUUAAAGUUCGCUUGGACUUCCGAACCUGUUUGUGCUUGCUGUCAAAAUUGAUAUACACGCCCAGGAGUGCCAUCAGGUAAUUGGGCACUAGGGGGGGUGACCACUUGAGGAUAACCAAGCUCCGACAGCGUCUAUUCACUGCUAACAGCUACUAACAAAUAGCCCUGAACAUAAUCAUGAGAUCACAAUUCAAGGACGAACACCCAUUCGAAAAGAGAAAGGCCGAGGCGAUGAGAAUCCGCUCCAAAUUUACGGAUAGGAUCCCGGUAAUAUGCGAGAAGGUAGAGAAGUCAGAUAUCAUGGAGAUUGAUAAGAGAAAGUACUUGGUUCCCGCUGACUUGACCGUCGGGCAAUUUGUGUACGUGAUCAGAAAGAGAAUCAAGUUACCUUCGGAAAAGGCCAUCUUUAUCUUUAUCAAUGACAUCUUGCCUCCCACUGCUGCAUUGAUGAGCAAUAUCUAUGAUGAGCACAAAGAUGAUGACGGGUUCUUGUACGUGCUCUACUCGGGCGAAAACACUUUUGGUGAGAGCGGGUUCGAGGAGAUCGCCGAGUAAAGUUGACUGGGUGGUCUUUUCUCUUAUUUUUGCGUACGAUCGUACAACUACCAUAAAUUAAUUAGUUGCAAUAAAGGAUACUUGU